CUACCACACCUGAGCUCCACUUCCGGAGCAUUUCACAACAACAACAGAGGAAGAGGAGGAAGAGGAAGAAGAGAGGAAAAAGAAGAAGAAGAAGAACACGAUCACACUAUCACGACAGACAGAUGUCUCUGCUGACAGAUGAUCGGCCUGAGGAUGCCCAGAGCCCGACAGAAAGAACCAAGAUGGAGGACAGUGGGGGGAUGAAGAAUAAACAAACUGAGGAAGAGGAGGAAGAGGAGGAGGCGGUGAGGUCCGCCAUGAUGGAGCCCAGCACCCUGCAGUGGCCUGGAGACAGACAGACAGGGGGCCAGACAGCUGGACAGACAAGUAAAGGAGACAGGAUGAGUGUGAGGUCGGAUAAUUCUGUACGAGAGGCGGCGAGCUGGACAGAGAGUGAGAGAGAGCUGAUAGCAGAGGGGAAGAGGAGGGGGGCAGAGAGCAGAGAGGAAGGGGCGGAGCCAAUGACACACCUGGAGGAGGAGCCCACAGAGAACCACAUGCCGGAGAAAGCAGCACAGGUGUUUAAUCCUGCAGUGACCGUCCUCCAUGCCCCCUCAUCACCCAGAGAGAGUGAGGCAUUCUGGGAAAUGGAGUCGGAGAAGAGCCCCUUCCUGAGUUCCCGAGUCCCACAGGACUACAACCAACAUGGCUACCAGUACGAGUGGACCGAGGACAAACCUCCUGCCAAAUGUGGAAGGGCCUGUCCCCACAGGGACGUCCUGAAGGUGGGCGUGUCCCUGAUGACAGCAGCCUUCUUCUUCCCCCUCCUGGUGUGGGGGGGGUUUGUCUUCCUGCCGUUUGAUGCCCCCUUGCUGGACAGCGCCCCCCUCAGACUCGUCUACACGCUGCGCUGCUCCGUGUUCGCUGCCAUCCCCAUCAUCCUCGGUUGGUUGGUUCUGGGCAUCAGUCGGCUCAGGUCAGGUGCGAUUCGCCCUCUGUUUGAUGAGGAGGUGAAGGAGGAGGAGCUUCAUGAAGUCACCGUCCACCAGCGCUUCAUCUCCGACUCCGUUUCCCUGUUCCUGAUCUACUUCCUGCAGCUGGUCGUCAUGGCGAUGUACCUGAGCCAAGAGCACCUGAAGCUCAUCCCUCUGCUGACCAUCGUCUUCGCCUUAGGACGGCUGGUUUACUGGGUGGCCGCAGCUUUCAGCAGCAGCAUUCGUGGUUUUGGUUUCGGCCUCUCCUUCCUGCCGAGUCUCGCCAUGAUGGUCGCCAACAUCUACUUCAUCUUCACAGUGGACGCGUCAGGGUCGGUCUUCAGCCACUUGUCUCGUCCUGAGGAGGUGGCGACUCCACCUGCCGGCAGACAGAGAUUCUGGGGAUGAUCAGAAAUCAGUAACUUCCUGUCAGGCUGAAGUGUUUCUGACCUACUUUGUUUUUUGUUUUUUUAAACUUAAUUUUUUAUAAACUGGGAAAAAAAAUUAAAUAAAAAAAGUAAAUUGUUUAUGUGUUUAUAAAGUUUAAUUCUUUUGAACUGUUGAAAGACUUUUAUGGUAUAACCCCGCCCACUACAGCUGAUGUUUUUGUCGUUAGUAUUUUCAGUGGAAACAGCUAUUUUUUUCCGAUUUGAGGUAGUUUGUGGAAGUAUUUAGCUGUCGGACUACUUCCUGUUUAUUCCUGUUUACUUCCUGUUCAGUCUGUUUCUGUUGGUCCAGUUUUCAACAUUUUAUUUUGAGAAAUCAUCUUAUGAUCAUUAAAAUUUGAUGGUCAAAACAAACAAACUUGUUUUUUCCUGUUUGUAUAAUUUACACUAAGUUACGUACUUCACAAUAAAAGCUUGAAAUCCAGCUCCACCUUUAAUUAGAAUUAAUAACAGAUUAAUCAUGAUUAAACACAAGUCUGUGAAACCUUUAGAAUAUGAUGUAUACAUUGAUACACUGUGCUAGACUGAUGGUUACUGAUCAGUCUGUUAUUCAGUCACAUGAAGCUGCUGUUGGUGUUUUCCUGUUGAACUGGUCAGACUGAUAGUUGACACCAAACAUCAACAAUACCUGCACACAGGAAGUACUGGUGAUCUGACUUCAAGAUAAAAGCACCAAGUGUACACGUUUAAGAAUGUGAUGCUACUGAAGAAACUUCCCGUAUAUGAAUCUUAAAAUCACCUCAUCCCAUGUA